GCUUUUAGAUGUGAAGUUUAUUCCUUAUGAUGUUCCCAGCCUGAGCUGUGAUCAUGGUAGACGUUGCUCAUUUUGAGGGUCCUGUAUGCUGUUGUGAUGGACCAUUUUUAUGAAGAAUGUGAGAGCUGAGAGAAAGGGGGCUGAACGUGUUUGACGUGACCGUGGAAGUAAACACUGGAUGAGAAUGAGUAAAUCGAAUGCUGAGGAAAGCAUCAUGUCAUACCUGUUACGGAGCGAGACUGACGCCAGCCCCACAGACUUGAAUGUGGUGGCCAUGCUCCAUAACUUCUGGGAGCAGAAGCAGAUGACUCUGCUAAAUAGUUCUUGUGGUGUAUCGGAUGGUUCUGGUGAGGAUGCAGCCAGCCAGACAGAGAGCCUGCUGUUGUACGAGUCUGCACCCUCCCCUGGUCCCCCAUACAUCUACUAUGUCACCCUUCCUGGAGGAAGCUGCUUUGGCAACUAUAAGGUGUGUGACACACUGGCGGAGGCUCGGAGGGAUGCAGCUCGUGUGGCUCUGAUGAACUCACUUGUGAACGAGCUGCCAUGUCGACGCAUCAACCCUCAGUUCAUCACUCAGAGUUUACAGCAGGCAGCCAGUGACAGUGCUGUCUCUAUAGAUGAUGCAUGUGACCCAAGCACCAGUAUAGGAACCUACUGUUUGCUUCUCCACUCUUACAUAGGAAGGACAAUGUUGGAGUUCCAGGAGAUGAUGACAGUGUUCCAGUUGUUGCACUGGAAUGGGACACUGAAGGGUCUGAGGGAAAGCCAGUGCUCUCGACAGAGUGUGAUUGCCUAUUACUCUCAGCAAAGACUUGAUGAAUACAUGCGCAGCAGCAUGGCACUGGAUUGGCUCGGACGGGAGCAGAGUUCACCAGGGCAGCUCGGGGAGGAGCUGCAGGUGGCACAGAGGGAGCUGGUGUUGGCCCGACGUCAAGGCAUAGAGCUGCGCUUCUACAAGGAAAAGACCGAGAUUCUCAGCUUGGCUCUGAGUCAGGCAUACAUUCACCACACACCUGCAGCCUUCAGCCAAACACUGAGUCACCCAUAUGAGCAAGAACAACUUCCUUUGCAAAUAUUAUACAGCCAGGACACAGGAGUCCAGAUGACUCCACCCUCCAGUCCUUCACCAACCCUCCAUAGAAGCACAAAGCAAACAGCCUGUCAAAGCAUUAGCCAACAUGUGGAGACUUAUGUGGCUUUAAAUAACUUUGAAUAGACUGAGGUAGAGGAUGGAUGAUACAAAUUGUCAUUUGACAAUGAAUGAGCUGAAAGUCUCAUGAUGCAAGCAGAACAUAUGAAGUAUGGUGUUCAAGUUUUCUGUAAGCAUAAAUUCUGUAACCACAACAGUUACAAAUACUGUGUUAAUUUCUGUUAAUAAUGCUCUAACCUUAUUAACAUUCUUUUAUGACUAUAGAACUAAGCCUUAAAGAUGUGUAGUGUAUUCCCUGUCUCCUUCUCUGUCUCACAUGUUAUCUGGCAUGUCAGUUUCCUUAAUGGAAAUUACUUGGCAUGGCCAUUCAUGAUACUGGCAGACUGUGACAUAUUGAAUGACAUGUUGACUGGAUGCUAUGAAACAGAAAGUCUGUUAUGAAUGUGACACAUUCAUUUGAUUAUGUCAGAACGCAACUACAUAUAAAAUUCAGUUUGGUUUGUUUGCAUAAAGGAUAUUAGUGUAUAAUAAAGGAAGGUUGGUCAGGUCAACACUGCAGAUAAUAAGAACCAGUACUGUUCUGUGACAAAAUGCAUGCAGACCAUGAGCAUUUGAUUCUCUACGGUUUGGUUAAAGAUAGAGAUUUAAUACAUUUUAAAGGGAAAUAUGGAGCUUAUCACUGUAAUAUACUUUUGGUUUUGGAUGACCAGCCUUUGCAUUCAUAUGACCACUAUCAGAAAUGGUAGAUUGCUUUUUAAAAUGUAAUCUAUUACAGAUUACAUGCUUGAGAAAUUACUAAUUGUAAUGUAAUUAGGUUACUUUUGGAUUUGGGUACCUUUCUUACAUGAUUAGUUUAACUGAAAUUAGAGUGAACAAUCAUCAUGACACCAGUUCCCAGUAUGGGUUAGCUUUAAGGUUCCUUACCAACUGUGAACUGGAGAAGAUUGGUUUCCAGUACUAAAAACUAACUAAAGUUAGAGACUGUAAAUAAGUGACACCAUCUGGUCUGGGACUUGUAAGUACUUGUUGUCAGAUUUCUCUCACAAGACAUUUUCUGUAUAAAUA